GACUACCUCCUCUUCCAUUUCAACAAAUAAGCUCUACCUCCCUUACUCCUCACACCUAUAUUCUUCUUCCUCUUCUUUGCCAAUAUUGUAUGGCUCUUGUUGUCGAUCCACACCCCGGUUUCAAGCACUAUUGUCGAGUUUGCAAGAAAGGAUUCGCUUGCGGAAGAGCGCUAGGAGGCCACAUGAGGGCGCACGGGAUAGUAUCCGAUCACGAUAAUGACCUUAUUGACGAGGACGAAGAUCACGACCGCGGAAGCGAUUGGGACUGGGAGGCCACCGCCGCCGAUCACCUGCCUCCGGCUAACAAACGCAUGUACGCCUUGCGCGCCAAUCCUAACCGACUCAAGAGCUGCCGCGCCUGCGAGAAUUGCGGGAAGGAAUUCUCCUCGUGGAAAUCUUUUCUGGAGCACGGGAAAUGCGUGACGGAUGAUGCCGAUGAGUCCCUCGUGUCAGAUAAUGACGACGAAGAAUAUGGCGGGGAUUCGAAUAAUUGGUCCAAAAGGAAGAGAUCUUUUCGCGCCGAGGUCGGUGGUUACGGCCAUUGCCCUUCCAGCGAAGAAAUUGAUCUCGCCAAUUGUUUGAUGAUGUUGUCCAAUGCGAUCGUAGAUCCUUCAUCGGAGGCGGCACCGGAGGAAUCCUGUGCCUCUGCUAGCAAAGACGAGGAAAGAGUUAGGAAUUAUCCUUUGAGCUUCGUCGCCCCUAUUUCGUAUAGUAGGGCAGCGGCGACGGCGGCGGCGCUGCCCAAAGCUAAGACACCGGCUGUUCCUAAAGGAUUGUUCGAGUGUAAGGCGUGCAAAAAGGUGUUCACCUCACAUCAAGCACUUGGUGGGCAUCGCGCCAGCCAUAAGAAGGUUAAAGGUUGUUAUGCCGCUAAACUAGACCGAAUCGACCACGUUCUGGAAGAAGAUCACGAGCUGAUCAGCCACGACCAAGUCUUUCCGUCGGCAAAAUCAACGACGGUGAUGCAUUUGAUCAAUCGCAGUGCGACAACAAGUAGUAUUCCCUCCAAACGGAAGCACAGAGGGCAUGAGUGCUCCAUAUGCCACCGCUUAUUUUCAUCGGGGCAAGCUUUAGGUGGUCACAAGAGGUGUCAUUGGAUUACUUCGAAUUCCCAGGCUGCGGCGGCGGUGGUAAACGCGUCUUCUACGGUUAAGAAGCUGUUUGAUGAUUCUGAUCAGCCACCGUUGCUCGAUCUUACCCUCGACCUCAACCUCCCUGCUUCGGAUAAUCGCGCUGAAAUUUACUUGAAGCCAUGGAUAGGAAUGGACCCAAAAGAUCAAAUUGAAAAUAAUAAUAGAAAUAAUGGUAAUAACAAUGAUAACGAUUAUAGAGGUAAUGAAUUGAUGCAGAAAGCGGAGGAUGAAGCCGCGGCGGAACAGAGGAAAGUGAAGCUGGCGAAGCUAAGUGAGAUGCAGGGCAUUAGCAUGAACGCCGGUUCGUGGUCGUCGUGGUUGCAGGUGGGAAUUGGAACUGAUAAUAAGGGAGCUGGUGAAUCAUAAAAUUUUUUCCUCAAAUGGAUUGUUUUUACGGGAGCCUCUUUUUUUUUUUUUUUUGUUAAUUAUUAUUGCUUUUUAUUUUUUAAUAUUGAGUUAAAUAAGAGAACAAUCUCUUAUUUGUUAACUCAACUCACUCUUAUAUUAAAUUGUUUGAAUUUAG